CAGGGGCAGGUCAGGAAAGAGGCAUCCGAGAAGGAAGGAAGAGGUGGUGGCUGGGCCGAAGACAGCCCCAGGAGGCUGCUGGGCUCCCCGGCAUGUGCGGCUGCCCCCCAACCCCACACCCGAGUUCCUAGGUGGGUGUGGCCUCCCAGCCCUGUCUCUGCUCAGCACUCCCGGCAGGAGCCCGGCAGGAGCCCGGCAGGAGCCCGGCAGGAGCCCGGCAGGAGUCCGGCAGGAGCCCGGCAGGAGCCGGCGCACCAUGGCAGCUGCCAGCUUUGUGCAGGAGAUGCGCUCCAUGGGUGAGAAGCUGCUGCUCAAGCUGCAGAGACUACCGCAGGCCGAGCCUGUGGAGAUCGUGGCCUUCUCGGUCAUCCUCCUUUUCACAGCUACCGUGCUGCUACUGCUGCUGAGCGCCUGCUGCUGCUGCCCCGCUGAGCGCAGACGCGGGAAGGUCCAUGCCCGGCCCGUAACCCCACCGUGAGGGGCAGACACGAGGACGGCACGUUGGCGAGGAGGCUGCCAGAGCCAUGACCCCAGGUGCCACCUGGCCCUGUGGCCCUCAGCCCACAAGACGGCACUCCGUGGCCCCGGCUCCGGCCCUGCCCAGGAACCUGCCACCUGCAGCCUUACCAAGGAAGCAAGGGCUGGGACAGCCACCAAACUCUGACCUGCCAGGGAACUCCGGGGGCCGGGGAGGAGUCAACUGUUUCAAACACCAAGUAAACAAAAACGGGAUUCUUUCCCAACCUGCACCUUUUAACAAAACACAGAAGCAGGGUCCCCAUACUUGGAUGGAGAACAGCCUGCAUCUGUGGGGAGCUGGCCCUCGGGGCCCCCACGCCAAAGAGGGGCUUUGUGCAAUAGCUACUGGAUCCCAAGCUUCCCACCAGAGGGGAGCAUGUCAGUAUUCUGCUCCGGUAUUUGCCCAUUUCUUUCCCAGUAAAAGCUUUCUGUUUAUGUGUU